AUGCAAAUUUUCGUUAAAACCCUCACUGGUAAGACCAUCACUCUCGAAGUUGAGUCCUCAGACUCUAUUGAGAACGUCAAGCAAAAGAUCCAAGACAAGGAAGGUAUUCCCCCAGACCAACAACGUCUUAUCUUUGCUGGUAAGCAAUUGGAAGAUGGCCGCUCUUUAUCCGAUUACAACAUCCAAAAGGAAUCUACACUUCACUUGGUGCUUCGUCUUCGUGGUGGUAUGCAAAUCUUUGUCAAGACCCUCACUGGUAAGACUAUCACAUUGGAAGUUGAAUCAUCCGAUUCCAUUGAGAAUGUCAAGCAAAAGAUCCAAGACAAGGAAGGUAUUCCCCCAGACCAACAACGUCUUAUCUUUGCUGGUAAACAACUCGAAGAUGGCCGCUCCCUCUCUGAUUACAACAUCCAAAAGGAAUCUACACUUCACUUGGUGCUUCGUCUUCGUGGUGGUAUGCAAAUCUUUGUCAAGACCCUCACUGGUAAGACUAUCACAUUGGAAGUUGAAUCAUCCGAUUCCAUUGAGAAUGUCAAGCAAAAGAUCCAAGACAAGGAAGGUAUUCCCCCAGACCAACAACGUCUUAUUUUCGCUGGUAAACAACUCGAAGAUGGUCGUUCCCUCUCUGACUACAAUAUCCAAAAGGAAUCUACACUUCACUUGGUGCUUCGUCUUCGUGGUGGUAUGCAAAUCUUUGUCAAGACCCUCACUGGUAAAACCAUCACAUUGGAAGUUGAAUCAUCUGAUUCCAUUGAAAACGUAAAGCAAAAGAUCCAAGACAAGGAAGGUAUUCCCCCAGACCAACAACGUCUUAUCUUCGCUGGUAAACAACUCGAAGAUGGCCGCUCUCUCUCUGAUUACAACAUCCAAAAGGAGUCCACUCUUCAUUUGGUGCUUCGUCUUCGUGGUGGUAUGCAAAUCUUCGUCAAGACUCUCACUGGUAAAACCAUCACUCUCGAAGUUGAAUCAUCCGAUUCCAUUGAAAACGUAAAGCAAAAGAUUCAAGACAAGGAAGGUAUUCCCCCAGACCAACAACGUCUUAUUUUCGCUGGUAAACAACUCGAAGAUGGUCGUUCCCUCUCUGACUAUAACAUCCAAAAGGAGUCCACUCUUCAUUUGGUCCUUCGUCUUCGUGGUGGUCAAUAA